AUGGAAGAGGAAGUCGCAGCUCUCGUCAUCGACAAUGGUUCGGGUAUGUGCAAGGCCGGUUUCGCCGGUGACGAUGCUCCCCGAGCUGUUUUCCCCUCCAUUGUCGGCCGUCCCCGUCACCAUGGUAUCAUGAUCGGUAUGGGCCAGAAGGACUCGUACGUCGGUGAUGAGGCGCAGUCCAAGCGUGGUAUCCUCACCCUCCGAUACCCCAUCGAGCACGGUGUCGUUACCAACUGGGACGACAUGGAGAAGAUCUGGCAUCACACCUUCUACAACGAGCUGCGUGUCGCUCCCGAGGAGCACCCUGUUCUGUUGACCGAGGCCCCCAUCAACCCCAAGUCCAACCGUGAGAAGAUGACCCAGAUUGUCUUCGAGACCUUCAACGCCCCCGCCUUCUACGUCUCCAUCCAGGCCGUCCUGUCCCUGUACGCCUCCGGUCGUACCACCGGUAUCGUCCUGGACUCUGGUGAUGGUGUCACCCACGUUGUCCCCAUCUACGAGGGUUUCGCCCUGCCCCACGCCAUUGCCCGUGUCGACAUGGCUGGUCGUGACUUGACCGACUACCUCAUGAAGAUCCUGGCUGAGCGCGGCUACACCUUCUCCACCACUGCCGAGCGUGAAAUCGUCCGUGACAUCAAGGAGAAGCUCUGCUACGUCGCCCUCGACUUCGAGCAGGAGAUCCAGACCGCCGCUCAGAGCUCCAGCCUUGAGAAGUCGUACGAGCUUCCUGACGGUCAGGUCAUCACCAUCGGCAACGAGCGCUUCCGUGCUCCCGAGGCCCUCUUCCAGCCCUCCGUCCUGGGUCUGGAGAGCGGUGGUAUCCACGUUACCACCUUCAACUCCAUCAUGAAGUGCGAUGUCGAUGUCCGAAAGGACCUGUACGGCAACAUUGUCAUGUCUGGUGGUACUACCAUGUACCCUGGUCUGUCCGACCGUAUGCAGAAGGAGAUCACUGCUCUGGCCCCGUCCUCGAUGAAGGUCAAGAUCAUUGCUCCUCCCGAGCGCAAGUACUCCGUCUGGAUCGGUGGUUCCAUUCUCGCCUCCCUGUCGACCUUCCAGCAGAUGUGGAUCUCGAAGCAGGAGUACGACGAGAGCGGUCCUUCCAUCGUCCACCGCAAGUGCUUCUAA